AUGCGUGGUUCGGCAUCUCAUCGAGGUGUUCCUCGCCAAUGUAGACUGGGCAACGCAGUUCGAGCUGGUGUUUUGUACGGAAGCGCAUGCUUUCCUGAACUCGGUGAUCGCCGGCAUCCCGAUUGAGAGAAUCUAUGAACGGUGAAAAACAAAAAAAGAUUUUUCUAUAGUUUAAAUUUUAGAGCAACCGGGACGGCACUAUGGGAUACCGAAGUACCAGUCGUUGUAAACCGGUUUCAAUUUUCGAUUACCUGCUGCCGAUAGCGAGCGUCGGUGGCGGGUAUAUCCUCUCCCAGGAGAUGCGGCACUGCCGGUUGAAAUGCAGCCGCUGUUUCCGGAGGAGCCCAUGGUCUUCACUGCGCGUGGCAGGCUGGAAGACUUCCUCAUCGCAGUUCCCAGAGAGUAUCUGCCCGUCACCACUGGAACGAUAUCAUGACGGUGUAUCAGAAGACCCGAAGGACCCUUUCUAA